ACCUCACUCACGCGUAGCAUUAAUCUAGAUGGCUGACUAAUUUAUUAAUCACAUAUACAUAGAAGAUUCGACCUUGGAAAUAUGACAGUUGGUCAGCUGAAAACUUUGUCAUUUUUUUCUUUCAUAGUUAUCUCCUUUGCCAACCAUAGCUAAAGUUUGCUAACUAACAAAACACGUUUUCUUUUUUGAAAGAGUCGAAUAAGUUCACCCAAGCUGUGAUGUACAAACUGGGAGGUGUUCUUCCUCGGAAAAUUCAAGGAAGUGUUUUGUAGUUCUCAGUUUUUAAUUGCUACAAACAGUCAACUUUCGAUCGGCGGACAGGAUCUACAGGAAAACUAACUGGAAUUGAAUUCAAAUAUAUAUAUAUAUUCCUUUACUGGAAAUCAAGCACUGGGACUCAUCCACUGAAUGCCGAAACACAGAUCAAGCUGGUUCCUUUGCUUCAGUUCUACCAGGAAGAAAUACUUUCUACAAGACAUAAAUUCCAUGUGUGUCUAUGGGGUGUGAAUUCUUUUAUCAAUAUAUGAAGCGGGCAUUGCAUAUUUAGGACACGCAAAAUGGAUGUGGAUGACCUGUUCUUUGUAAAUCCAUGUGGAUGACAGAACCUCUGGUUUUAAAGAAAGCUGCACGGUACUUGUGUUCAUCACUACAUUUUCUUUCUACGGCUCGAUGGAUAUAUGGUCAAAUAGCUGACUGUAAUGUAGCCUGGCUGUAAUUCGCUACACAACAAGCACUCCCCAUUCGCCAUUUAGGCUGUUUUAAUUGCGAUUUUGCAACCGGACUGUCCAAUAUAGUAGCCAGCUAAAUGUAGUUUACAACUAUUUUGGCAGGGCAGUGUCCUCAUAAUAUUUCGGCUGCUAUGGCAUUUUUAAAUGGGCCCAGGCUAUUGGACUGGGCGAAUUCACCUCCACAUCUUCAAUUCAACAAAUACGUCCUGACCGGCUACCGACCGAUCUCUUCAGUGCAGGACUGUAUCCGAAGUCUAUUCUACCUGCACAACGAACUCGGAAACAUUUACACACAUGGAAUCCCACUUCUCUGCUUCCUGGUCCUGCUCCCCCUCAACAUCCCGUGGUCCCAGAUCAGUGUGACGUGGCUGGGCGUGGUGCACUUCCUUGCCUGCCUGUCCCCCCAGCUGGGCUCGGUGCUCUACCACCUCUUCAUGAACCACGAGGGCGGCGAGCCUGUUUACCACACCCUGCUCACCCUCGACAUGUGCGGCAUCUGCAUGAUCAACACGCUGGGAGCUCUGCCCAUUGUGUACAGCACGUUGCUGUGCUACCCCUUCACGCGCACGGUGGCCCUGCUGGUGUACAUCCUGCUCUCCAGCUACGCCAUCUACUGCGCCAUCACGGCCCGCAGCAGCGUGCGGAGGCUGCGCUCCUUCGCCUGGCAGGCCCUCUUCCGCUUCUCCUUCUUCCUGCUGCGUGGGGCCGGCGUGGGCGGGGGCAGCCCCACCUCGCUCAGACACUUCCUCACCAUGGAUACGCUGGCCCUCCUGGGGGGCAUCAUCAACGUGUCCCGCAUCCCCGAGCGCUUCCGGCCCGGCCUCUUUGACUACUGGUGCAACAGCCACCAGAUCAUGCACGUGCUGGUGGUGGGCUCCAUACUGUACCUGCACUGGGGCGUGCUGGACGACCUGCUGUGGAUCAACAGCUACCACUGCCCCCGGGACUGA